UUAAGCAAGAAGGCGAUUAUUUUUCUCAGUUAAUAGAGGGCGCUGUUUAGAACAGGAAUCCCUCGUGUUGCCUUACUCUGCCGAAAUUUCUCCAAGAUUGUGUGCCGAAAAUGAGUCUUCCGGCGUUUAUUGAUGUUGCUGAGUCUGAACAGGCCAGUGAGCUUAGGGGAUUCCUGAAGUCUCGAGGAGCUGAGAUAUCCGAGGAAAACUCAGAACAAGGCAUCCAUGAUGACCUGGAGAAGAUUAUCCGGGCGGCAAAAGUCAUCUGGGAUCUCUCAGAUCCAGCAGAGAUUGAAGGCAUCCUCAACAGCAUCCUUUCCCUCCUCAUCUACCAGCCUCCGGAAUGCUUGGACAACCUGGCUAAGAUGCUCAGCAACCUCUUAGUGUCAGCGGGGAAGGAAGAACACGCCCCACUCAAGAUACGCGUUCUCAGUAAUUUAUUGUACGGAGUCGGCGUGGAGAACAUCCUGUGUCAUCACAUCUACACCUGCAUGCUGAAAGUAGCCGCCCAGGGCAAGAACACGGAAAACGUCGAGACAGACCUAGAAGUCGUGAAGAAAUGGACCAAGAAGUGGGAGUUGAACAGGGACCAGAUGAUCAUUGUGCUGAGGCUGCUCUACGACGCACUCAAAGAAAGCAAAAUGAGCGAGGCCUCCAACAAAGUCAUGGUGGAGCUUCUGGGGACCUACACGGAGGACAACGCUUCCCAGGCGCGCGACGAAGCCCAGAGAUGUAUCGUCAACACCCUGGCCGACCCCAAGGCCUUUCUGUUUGAUCACUUGCUCACCCUCAGGCCUGUCCGGUUUCUGGAAGGAGAAUUGAUCCAUGAGCUCUUGAACAUCUUUGUGUCGGGGAAACUGGAAGGCUACAUAAACUUCUUCAAGAGUAAUCAAGAUUUCAUCAAGACACUGGGACUGUCACAUGAUCAGAACAUGCAGAAAAUGCGUGUGUUGACGUUUGUGAGCAUGGCUAUUGAACAGAAGGAAAUCCCAUUCGCAACAAUCGAGAAUGAACUCCAUAUCACGUCGGAUCAGGUCGAAGGAUUUAUUAUUAACGUUGUUAAAACCAAAAUGGUUAGAGCACGGAUCGAUCAGUUGCAGAAAAAAGUCACCAUCAACUAUGUGACAUUACGUACCUUCGGUAAGCAGCAGUGGCAGCAGUUGAGGGAGCACCUCGUCGACUGGCAGGAGAACCUCGGCCUCGUCCAAUCACGGAUGGAGAACAUUGUGCCCAUCCCUAUUCCAUGAAUGGUUCAAUCCUAUCCUACCCAUUAUUUAAUAGACCAAUCCAUUAGGCCCCAAGGCUGUGAUUGGUCAAUACAGACCGUGGGCGGGGCUUAAUGGAUCAGUACAGGUGUAUCAUCUGCAAGGUGCAAAACUUCACAGAUAUCACUCAAAACCUCACAAAGGCAUUUGUGAGGUUAUGACCUCUCACUGAUUAAAUACCAAUCCUUACUCAAGCCUCUUGCAAAUAGAUAUCAAACUUGUGAGGUACAGUACCUCACACAUCAAACAGCUCUAAAUUCUUGAUUUGUGUAACCCUAUUGAAACCUUGUUUGUUAUUUUCCCGGUCACUGUUUAACUCUUUAUAUUUUUAAGGCCUUCCCUUCAUUCUACAGUCUCACUUUGUUUUCCAUCAUAUAUACUGUGAGGUUAAGCACUUCUCUGAUGACAGCUGUUUUCAGUUAUUGAACCAUUUAAACCUGUUUAUUUGUUGCCCCUGAUAAACAAAAACUUGGAGGUUCAGUACUUUUCAAUAUUUUCUCAAGUGCCUCCUACCCAAGGUGUGGGCAGUCUUACCCAUAGUAUCAACUUUUGAGUUGCGUCUGCAGAACCUUGCAGGAAAUAGAACUACAUGUAUGAAAGCCCGAGUCCAUCAUUUGCAGCUAUCAAAAAAAGUAACUGGCGUAAUUAUUGUUGAAAAACAUACU